AUGGGAGCCCUAUGCCCUAUGGCCAAGGCAGCAGGCGGGAGCCAUGAGGCUGAGGCCAGCAGAAGAGCGAGUGGCCCCCAUCGGCAGGACCUCCGCACCCGGGCCUCUCCUCACCGAGCCAGGGAAGAGUCCUGCAGAAGGAGAGAGGAACCGGAACCAGAUGUGCAGCGCCGGAGAACAGCUGGGGGAGAGCCCCCGCCCCGCCGGCGCUCCCUCCCUUCCUUCCCCGCCCGCCGCCCCGCCCGGUCCAGCCCCUACCUGCCUGCCCCGCGACUCCCCCGCCGGCCGGCCCGCGGGCGGGUGGCUCGGAAGGCGGGUUGGCGGGCAGGCGGGCGGUGCGGCUACCCGGCUCCGGACAUGUCGCACCCGACUCGGGCGCCGCUCCCGCCGGGGCGACAAGUGAAGGAAGAAGAAGCGGCCGAGGGCGCCGGGGCGCGGGGCGCCGUGGAGGGAGAUCCGGGCGAUCCCAGCGUCCCCGCCGCGCUGCGCCACGCGGGGACUGUGCUGCCGCGCCGCUCGCUCGCGCCGCACGGCCCUUCCGGCUCCCGCUGCGCUCGGGCGCCUGCCCAGCGCCCGACCGCCUGCAGCGCGACCCCUGGCGGCUGGGAGGGCCCCUUGCACCCAGACGGCUUCCCACCAACCAACCAUUGCCGCAGGACACUGACCCCUGAAGUCUGA